AUGCCCGUCAACGUCAGCUCAGAGACCGUCAAGCUCUCCCUCGGAGCCUCGUCCGUCGAGGUCGCCCUCAAGGGCGCCACCGUGAUCUCUUACGUCCACGACGGCCGCGAGCGCCUCUUCGUCUCGUCGAAGUCCGACAUCCGCACCUCAGACUCGACAGCCAUUCGCGGCGGCGUCCCCCUCUGCUGGCCCGUCUUUGGCCCUCCUCCGUCCGACAACGAGCUCUUCAGCAAGCUGAAACAGCAUGGGUUCGCGAGGACGAGCGUGUGGGAGGUCGCGGACCAGCAGGACUCGCAGGAGGGCGUCAAGGUCGUCUUCAAGCUGUCCCCCACCGAGGCUAUCAAGUCGGUCUUCAAGCUCCCCUUCACCCUGACCUACACCGUCGACCUCCGCCCGUACACCCUCGUCCUCACCCUUCACGUCGAGAACCCCUCCUCCGCCGUCGCCGCUCUCCCCUUCCAAGCCGCUCUCCACACCUACUUCCGCCUUCCUCAAGGCGUUAGGCCCCCCGACGUCUCGGUCGACGGCCUUGAGAACCUCGCUUACAACGACAAGGUCUCGGGCGAGCAGAAGGUCACUGAGCGGAGGAAGGAGGUCGUUGUUGAUGGACCGAAUGGGGAGAUUGACCGUGUGUACUUCCGCGCGCCGAACGAGUUGGUCAUGCGCUUCAAGGGCCAGGCUGAGACGGUCAAGGUCACCAAGUCUGGCUUUGCCGACGCUGUCGUCUGGAACCCCGGACCGAAGAAGGGCUCGACCAUCGCCGACAUGGAAGAAGGAGGCUACGACCGCUACGUCUGCCUCGAAGGCUGCCAGGUCGAGCCGUUCGUCUACCUCGACCCUGGAAAGGACUGGACCGGCACGUACGAGGUCUCAUUUGAUCAGUGA